GAGGCCACUCGUGGGCCCCUGAAAUUCUGCCCAUCCGCGUCCUCCCCUGCGGCCCUGCGCAUGUCCUUGUCCUCUCUCUGCCCCGUGCACUUUCCAGAGGCGGCGCUGGACUCUUGAAGCAUCCUCUUUCUUCUUCCGGCCUUCUCCCUCUUACUGCGUCUCACAGAACGAGAUCUCAAGCAAUCGAACCAUGGACGGAGGAGGCAGCGGAACGCCCUUCUCCGGCACCACCACCACCCUCAGCACCAGUUCUUCUACCUCGCAAGCAGGUGAGUCGCGACAGGGGGAUAGGGAAGCUGCUAUUCAUGCUGAGAUGGCCAGGGUUAACAAGCUGCCAGCCAAUAGUUCCUACGCGAUUCACCGUAUUAAGGUGCUGAACAAACUCCGCCAUCUUAUAUCUAUAAAGAGGACCACAUCUCAGGAUGAGGAGCUUGAACUCCUUUUCUCAAGCCUUUCAAUUUAAAAUUUAUCCUCAGUAUCCAAAAGUACUAUGUGAUGCCACUGUUUUGGCAUAUCUAAUCAUCGAUUGCCCCCGCCUGUCCAGUGUAACAUAUAUUCCCAAUAGUUUUCAAGUUUGAAGGGAUCAUUUUGUAUUCAAAGUGUUAGGGAACUUGACUUGAUAAAUGCCGUGUUCCUCUUGAAUGGAAUUCCUUGCGGGGGUGAAGUUUAUCAUGCGUAUGUAAUCUUUUUGACUCAGAUUAGGUUCUACCAUAACUCUAACCAUAUGGUGGUGUAUAGACACCAGUUCAAUAGUUAUGUUAUGAAGCAUCACUGGUUUUGCUAUUCUGACAAUUAAGGAUGCAUUAGCUCUA